GCCCCGCCACGGGAGGAGGGCCGCGUGCCGCGUCUGCGGGAAGGAGCGGAGAUCUAGCAGGCGUCCGGGCAGAGCGCCGACAGGCCCGCGGAGCCGCGCGGGGAACGCCCGGUCGCAGCUGAGCUGGGCCGCGGCUGCUGGCCAAAGGGCCCGGCCGGGCCUGGGGCGGAGGGAACCUACGCUACCGGGGACCUGGAGGAGCGAGGCACCGCGGCCUGAGAGUGAGACCCAAUAAAAAGAGCAUGACAUUUGGAUGAAGACUUAGUUUCAAAUCCCCGCUCUUUCACUUACUAAUUUUGCAAUUUGGAAAUAUAUGCAAGAUGUUGACACUGCAAACUUGGGUAGUGCAAGCCUUGUUUAUUUUCCUCACCACUAAAUGUAAAGGUGAACUUCUAGAUCCAUGUGGUCAUAUCAACCCUGAAUCUCCAGUUAUACAACUUGGAUCUAAUUUUACAGCAGUUUGUGUUCUAAAGGAAAAAUGUAUGGAUCAUUAUCAUGUAAAUGCUAGUUACAUUUUCUGGAAAACAAAUCAUGUUACUGUUCCUUAUGAGCAAUAUAAUGUCAUAAACAGAACAGCAUCUAGUGUCACAUUUAGAGAUAUAUCUUUAUUAAAUAUUCAACUCACUUGUAACAUCCGUACCUUUGGACAGAUUGAUCAGAAUGUUUAUGGAAUCCGAAUCAUUUCAGGCUUGCCUCCAGAAAAACCUAAAAAUUUGAGUUGUAUUGUGAAUGAAGGAAAGAAAAUGAUGUGUCAGUGGGAUCCUGGAAGGGAAACACACCUGGAAACAAACUUCACUUUAAAAUCUGAAUGGGCAACAGAGAAGUUUGACGAUUGUAAAGCAAAACGUGAUAUCCCCACAUCAUGCACCGUUGAUUAUUCUCCUGUGUAUUUUGUCAACAUCGAAGUCUGGGUAGAAGCAGAGAAUGCCCUUGGGAAGGUUACCUCAGAUCAUAUCAAUUUUGAUCCAGUAGAUAAAGUGAAGCCCAAUCCACCACAUAAUUUAUCAGUCAGCAACUCAGAGGAACUAUCUAGUAUUUUAAAAUUGACAUGGAUCAACUCAAGUAUUAGGAAUUUUAUAAGACUGAAAUACAACAUUCAGUAUAGGACCAAAGCUGCCUCAACUUGGAACCAGAUUCCUCCUGAAGAUACAGCAUCUACCCGAUCUUCAUUCACUGUCCAGGACCUUAAACCUUUUACAGAGUAUGUGUUUCGGAUUCGUUGCAUGAAGGAAGAUGGUAAAGGAUUUUGGAGUGACUGGAGUGAAGAAGCAAGUGGGGUCACAUAUGAAGAUAGACCAUCCAAGGCACCAAGUUUCUGGUAUAAGAUAGAGCCGUCUCAUACUCAUGGCUAUAGAUCUGUACAACUCAUGUGGAAGACAUUGCCUCCUUUUGAAGCAAAUGGAAAAAUAUUGGAUUAUGAAGUGACUCUCACAAGAUGGAAAUCACGUUUACAAAAUUACACAGUUAAUGACACAAAACUGACAGUAAACCUCACAAAUGAUCGCUAUAUAGCAACUCUGACAGCAAGAAAUAUGGUUGGCAAAUCAGAUGCAUCUGUUUUAACUAUUCCUGCCUGUGAUUUUCAAGCUACUCACCCCAUAAAGGAUCUUAAAGCAUUUCCCAAAGAUAACAUGCUUUGGGUAGAAUGGACUGCUCCAAAUGAAUCUGUAAACAGAUACGUACUUGAGUGGUGUGUGUUAUCAGAUAAAUCUCCCUGUAUACCAGACUGGCAACAAGAAGAUGGCACUGUACAUCGCACCUAUUUAAGAGGAAAUCUAGCCGAGAGCAAAUGUUAUUUGAUAACAGUUACUCCAAUAUAUGCUGAUGGACCAGGGAGUCCCGAAUCAAUAAAGGCAUACCUUAAACAAGCUCCACCUUCCAAAGGACCUACUGUCCGGACAAAAAAAGUGGGGAAAAAUGAAGCUGUCUUAGAGUGGGACCAACUUCCUGUUGAUGUUCAGAAUGGAUUUAUCCGAAAUUAUACUAUAUUUUAUAGAACCGUCAUUGGAAAUGAAACUGCUGUGAAUGUGGAUUCUUCCCACACGGAAUAUACACUGUCCUCUUUGACUAGUGACACUUUGUACAUGGUACGAAUGGCAGCGUACACAGAUGAAGGUGGAAAGGAUGGUCCAGAAUUCACUUUUACUACACCAAAGUUUGCUCAAGGAGAAAUUGAAGCUAUAGUCGUGCCUGUGUGUUUAGCAUUCCUAUUGACAACCCUUUUGGGAGUAUUGUUCUGCUUUAAUAAGCGAGACCUAAUUAAAAAACACAUCUGGCCUAAUGUACCAGAUCCUUCAAAGAGUCAUAUAGCUCAGUGGUCCCCUCACACACCACCAAGGCAUUUUAAUUCAAAAGAUCAAAUGUAUCCAGAUGGAAAUUUCACUGAUGUAAGUGUUGUGGAAAUAGAAGCAAAUGACAAAAAACCUUUUCCAGAAGAUUUGAAAUCAUUGGACAUAUUCAAGAAGGAAAAAAUUAAUACUGAAGGACACAGUAGUGGUAUUGGAGGGUCUUCGUGCAUGUCAUCUUCUAGGCCAAGCAUUUCCAGCAGUGAUGAAAAUGAAUCUGCACAGAACACUUCAAGCACUGUCCAGUAUUCCACUGUGGUACACAGUGGCUACAGACACCAGGUACCAUCGGUCCAAGUCUUCUCACGGUCCGAGUCCACCCAGCCCUUGUUAGAUUCUGAAGAGCGGCCAGAAGAGCUACAGCUAGUAGAUAAUGUAGAUGGAAGUGAUGGCAUUUUACCCAGACAACAGUAUUUCAAACAAAACUGUAGUCAACACGAAACCAGUCCAGAUAUUUCACAUUUUGAAAGGUCAAAGCAAGUUUCAUCAGUCAAUGAAGAUUUUGUUAGACUUAAACAGCAGCAGAUUUCAGAUUGUAUUUCACAGCCCUAUGGAUCUGGGCAAAUGAAAAUGUUUCAGGAAGUUUCUGCAACAGAUGCUUUUGGUCCAGGCACUGAGGGACAAGUAGAGAGAUUUGAAACAGUUGGGAUGGAGGCUGCAAUUGAUGAAGGAAUGCCUAAAAGUUACUUACCACAGACUGUAAGACGAGGUGGCUACAUGCCUCAGUGAAAGACUAGCUCCUGUUAACAACUUCAGAAGUACCUGUAAAGUAAAGCUAAAAAUAUUUUAUCUGUGAUUUGAGACAAAAUAAUCUUCACUCACUGAAGAUGAUCAUUAGCCCUUAAGGACAAAAAUGUACUGUCCUCUCACAUGGGCUAUUUCCAUUCCAGAAUAUCUGGGAUUCUACUUUAAGCACUACAUAAACUGACUUCAUCCUCUGAAUAGCUGAAUGACUUUGUGCUGUUUCAGGAUGUUUGCACUGAAGAAAAGCUUGUCUGAAAUUUAUAAAAUGAAACUUUUGGUUUUACUAUCUAGAAAACAGAGGGUAUUUAAAUUAAAAGCAGUGAUAAACCUCGUGAGCACAGCUAUACUGAUUUUAAUGAGAAUAGUCAUCAAAUAGAGUGACUUAGGGAAAAUUAAUAUAAAAAUUAAAAGGAGCAAGACCCUCUACUUAAGCUGAUAUAAUUUACAGUAUAGAUGGUACAACUAAUGUGAGGCCGGCUUUUGUUGUCUGGGGGCUCAUUUAUAAUCAUACCAACAUAAAAAAUAUUAGUUCUUUUCCAUUGGUAAGGAUACCAUUACUGGAGAAAAGGAAUUCUGGAGUUUUAACUUGGCAAACUAAAAAUAUUAGUUUUUGAAUAUUAGAAAAUAAGUAAGUUUUUUAAAGUUUUGGUUUCUAUCAUUGACAACUUCUAAAGAUCCAUUUUAUGAACUCCUUCCAGGUAAGAGCUAGGAAUGAAAGUGACAAACUCUUAAACAAUUAAACAAUUUAGAGUCUUAAAUUGUUAAAACACUUUUUUGUAAAUGUAUAUAAACAUCAUUGACCCUUCUUGUUAAGACUUCAGAGAACUUGGUUGAUGCACUUUAUAUAGUAUGUCUUCAGCUUAAAAUGUGUUUUAAUUUAAUACGCUUUGUUUUUAAGAUCGCAUUCUUUUUUCGAGUUGGUGUUUGAAGGAGAUGAGUAAGUUAGAGGACAUGAGCAGUACUCACCAAAACAAACAAAAGCACCACCCCAAAAGUGUACAUAUUGAUCUCAGUAAAUAUCACAGCAGAUAGCCUUAGUGUAGAGGCACUUAAUGUCUCCAGUUUUAAGACAGGUGGAACUUUGUUAUGUAUGGGGAUUUAGGGAUAUUUUAAACCUCUUCCCAUGUGUUCUGUUCUUCAAGGGAGAAAGUGAGUCUGGCCUCCAGAGUUUAGUGCUAAAUUCAUUUUCACAUUAUGUUACCCUCUAUCCCCGAUGUCUGACAAGGAGGCAGGGGCUAAAGCUAGGAGCUGAGUAAGAAGAAAUAAUCCUUAGUCAUGUAGUUGACUACUGCUGUCAAGUGAGUUUAUUUUUCUAUCAUAUUUAAGUUAUAUACCAGGCCAACUUAAAUUAGUUUGUAGCAGUUACUGAAGAACAAAAGACUGAGAAAAUUGGUUGAGAUUUAAUUGAAAUGUAAUUAAAAUAUAAUUGAAAUUUAGUUGAAAUAUAUAUUCUACUCAUUAAUGUUGUUCACAUUAGGCUUCUGAUUAUACUUUAUCUUGUAUUCUAGCCUAAUACCGUUCAGAAUUCUUUUACAUUGUGGUCUUUGUAAGACAGAACAGAUGCUUUAUUCUGAUAUAUCCAGUUCUACUUUAGGCAAAACUAACAUGAGAUUGGUAGAAUAUCAGAAUUAGAACUAGAUGAGGAAAAUCAGCACAGAGAGGUCAAGUACGACAGAGAGACCCCAAACUCUCUCCUACUACAAAGUCAUCAAAGGCUGGUCCAAAUAAGAAAAAGAUUCAUUUUGCUAUAUGUCAACAAAUUUAUAUCCAUUAUGUGUUUCAUUUCUUCAAAAUAAGUAGUCAUGUUACUCUAACCAUGUUUAGAUGUAACCUUCCCAAACAGCAGUGUUAUGAAGAACAUUUUAGUUUGAAGAUUGUACCUGUGAGAGGUGGACAGUUCUGAAAUGUGAGCUCAUGAUCUAAGGGGAUGAGAACAAAUAGUCAUUUAAGAAAGGACAUCACAUAAGCAGAUUUGUAUGUUGGAACUUGUAUAGAACAUGGUGCAGUGAGUGAAUGCCCCCAGCCAGGGUAUAUAGUUACUGGGCAGAAAUUCAUUCAGGAGAGAAAUAUAUUUAUGUAGUAUACAUCUUUACCCCAAAAGAGAAGUCAUUCUGAAGCUUGUUCUAAGUACAAAAUUACUUUCCUAAGGCAUGUCUUAGAAUAAUCUGUUUUGACAAUGUGCAACUUGUAUAUUAGGUAGGCAAAGAAACAAAUCCAGUUAUCUAAUAAAUUAGUCUGUUUAAGAUAGUGGGUUUAUUACUCAUUAAAUAUUUAGUAUCCAAAAAUUUGAUGCAGUUGCCCUUUUUUGAAAGAAUAUAGUCAAGCAUAUGUUACAUGUAUUGUAAUUUAUUUGCCACUGAUGUCUUUGGUAUCCUACCCUCAUCCCUCAUAAAAGCAUGAUGUUGAAUAACUGUUGGAAAACUUCAAACCCAUUAAAAUCUAAAAGUUUAA